AUGGCGAAAGUUCUCCAGAUAAACGUGAACCGGAGUAGUCCGGCACAAGACCUGGCCAUUCAGGCCAUGCGUGAAAGAGAAGUUGCGUUGAUGGCAAUUUCUGAGCCAUGGCGCAUACCGGAUUCGCCGCUUUGGGCGGCAGAUCUGGAUGGAGUGGCGGCGGUCACUUGGCUACCCCGUUGUGGGAGUAGACAAAUACGUGAGAUUAUUGAACGCGGACAUGGCUUUGUAGCGGUACGAUGGGGCAAUGUAGCAGUAUUUAGCUGUUAUUUUUCCCCCAAUACUCUCGUGGUAGACUUUGAGGCCUCUUUGGGGACUCUGGGCGACAGCAUCCGGCGCGCGGGGAGUGACCUGGUGAUUUCAAUGCUGGAUCAGCUACUUGAGGCUCCUCCCGUCCUAACCGUAGGGGUCAAUUGGUGGAGCAAUGGGCUGUUCUGCUUGGACUUCAAAUCCUGA